AUGCAGGCUUGCCCCUGCACUCGCGUGCGGCUACUCUGGCAAUGCCAGCGGAAUUGGCAUCCGCCCCGGUCGUUCUCAACCGCUCCGGGAGCGAGAAACUUGUCGCAAGUAGCCGAAAGCAGCGCUCACUCCGACGACCCUGCACUGGACCGCUACAUUCCUGGGAACCCUGAAAAAUCAGCCCCCGAAUUAUUGGACGAACAACCAAACAAGGCCAGCAAUAGUGAGCAGGGUGGGGCAAUCUGGAGCAAUUACGAUGAGCUUUGGGGAGCUGCUGCAGCUGCGGUGGAAGGUGUCGAAAAUGGGGUGCAGGCGUUGAGACAGGAAUCCUCUUCAAUAGCAGAAAACCGGGAGCCCAUACGAAGGUCGGAGCCUGGGCGCCGUCCGAGCCGGCCAUCUCCCGUACGAGACACAAAGUCGACGGCUACGACACAUCUACGACACCCUCAAUCAAAGAAACGCUGGACAAAGCGGAAAUCACAGGAACUUCUGAAUGCCCAUGGAUUUUUCAGACGCGCUGUCUCUCCAGAAGACUACCUACGCGCGAAUGCGGCGUUCUGGUUAUGGAAGAAACAGCUUUCAGAGACCUGGCAGAUGCUCGAAUCGUCCCAGCUUCCCCGAGCUGAAAGCGAGAGCAACAUGCUUCGGUGGCUCCUAGAGCACAAAGAUGGAGGCAAGAGCAUGCAUAAGCUACGAGAGACUUGGUCGAAGCUUUCACCAGAGCGGCGCCGUGAUUUAUGGCCAUCCAUCAUGGUUUCUGCUCUGCGUUCUCAUCCUGGCCGUGCGCACAUCAUAUUUUCGGCGACGUUUGAUGCUGCUCAUAUUCCAUACUACGCCGUGCAAGACACCAUCCAUCAUUUCUGUCGCCAGCUUGCGGAAAAGCCCUCGACGGACGGCUCUAUGCACCCAACAGCUGACGAGGUCUACGAGCUCCUCAAAAUGGUCUUGGAGAACAGCUCGUCAAAUUACUUACGCUUGCGGCAGUCCACAAUUUUUUUCCUUGUAAAGGCAACGAAGACAACGGAGAGCGUGGACAACCUGUAUCACCUCUUAGUUAAACACGGGCACCCACUCCAUAAGUUCACGCGGCUGCAGAUGGCCAGUCGCGUCGCCAGAAACGCUGCGUUCAAAAUGCCGACUGUCGAAAUGCUUCAGGCCGCGCUGUCGGCAACGGAUCUUGACAUCAACACACCACAGGGAGCAGCACUGUGUACCACCAUUCUGUCGGUGGAGGGAAGUGAGGGGACGGCAACGACCGACGGGCAACCCUCGCUGACGCCGGCAGAGAUGUUUGAACAGCUGCUGCGAUGCGGGCUUGAGCCGAACCUCAUCACGUACACGACUAUAAUACGUGGCCUCUGUCUCAAAGGCGAACUGGAGGCAGCCCAGCAGGUGCUGCAACUGAUGAUCAAUAAUCAAACAGAACCCGAUGAAUACGUUUACUCCACGAUGAUGAACGGGGCCAAGCUUCGCGGGGACUUCUCCGUUCUCCGUCGGGUAGCCGAGACAGCAGCAGCCCAGAGGAUCAAUCAUCCGAUAGUGUGGAACGACUUUAUCCAAUCCAUAUAUUCAACCGCCUUCGCCGAGGCGAGGGCGAAUCCUGCCAUCAAGCGGCCGCGUGUCGUGCCGUCGUUCCCGCUCAUGCUGCAGACCUAUUCCAAGAUAUUCGCACUUGAGCCGCUGCGCACUAUUCUCCCUGAUGCCGGAUCGGGCGGCGGCCUGACCUCAUCACACGCACAAGGACGGCAGACUGACGCCCUGCACGGCCGCUGGGAAUUUGCCGCACAAUUAGGACCGACAGUGCAUGCGUUGCCCAAGCUGGAGCCAGGCGAGAUUGUGGAACCGACCAGCUUAACGCUGACCACCAUGAUCUUGGGCUACAUCCAGGGUGUGUCUAACCCUUAUGACGUGAUCGCGUUUUAUUCGCACUUCCGCCGUCUGUUGCAAGCGGGCGACCCUGUAGCCACGGGUCUAGUGCGUGACCAGGGAACGCUGGUGCACGACGUUGUGGUGAUGGCGUUGUGCGAGUAUGAGGGCAUGCUGCGCGUUGCUCUGGACGUUGUGGGCGACAUGUUGCGGGAUGCCGCCACAGAUUUGCAGCAUGGCGACAGCGAGGCCGCCGACUACCAGCCGCAACAUCCGCCGCCCAGCGUGUACACCUGGUCAAUCCUGCUGAAUGGCUUCAUGUUCCACCGACAGGUCAGGCAGGGCGAGCGUAUCUUGCACAUGAUGCGCGACCGCGGCGUCGAGCCCAACCAGGUGACGUGGAACACGCUGAUGGCGGGUUACGCACGGUUGCAGAACGUCAAAAAGACAGCCGUGACGUUGCAGCGGCUGGAGCGCGCAGGCUUCGAGCCAGACGACUUCACCUUCCGUGCCUUCUCGUACCUGGGUGACAAGUCGGCCAUUCUGCGCUACAUGGAAACGCGGAAGACAGCAGCAGCAGCUGCUAGUAGUGGUCCAAAAUCAAAGAUUGCAGGACAGCAAUACGAUCAGAUGGCAGAAGAAGAGCGACAGGCACAGGCCGGAACUCCAUCACCGCCACACGCAAGCAGCAGUGAACGUGGCUUGGGUCUGGGCCAUGGUGUCGAGUCCCAAUCUGGUCGCCGGCCAGCGGAUGCAGUCACCAAUGAGCUGCGCAUGCUGGAAAAUGAGGUGGAGGAAAUUGCCAAGAUGAUGGACGAAGAGCAGCGGGAUAGCGCAACCGCCAGCUUUUGA